AUGGCGGAUCGACUAUCAACUGCGAAAUACACGGUGAACGACUCCGUCAAUAGUGGCUUGGAGCCAGUGCCCCAUGAACAACUGCCCUGGCCGCAAAAGGAGCAUUACCAUAACCAUAACAACUACGAGUACGGCAACAACACCAAUAACCAACAGCCGACAGAUCAUGAAGGACUUGAGGUGGCGCAUCGCUCGGGCGGGCCGAAACAGCGCAUCUUGGGGCUGUCCGUGAGGACAUUCUGGAUCAUCCUUAUCAUCUUGGUCGUGGUUGUCGCCGGUGCGAUCGGCGGUGGGGUGGGCGGAGGGUUGGCGGCUCAAAGCAAAGCGAGCUCAUCGAGCCCCACGACGGCGUCCGACCAGGCGGGGGAUUCAUCCACAGGAUCCUCCGGAUCAUCAGGAUCACCAGCAUCAUCAGAGUCCUCGACUGCCACUACACCACCCUCCGAUUCCCCGUCGACUACCAGCACACCAACAGCCUCCGAUACCCCGUCGACAACCACGCAAGCGACUCCCGGCCAAGUCUCGCCGGCUCCAUCAGACGGAGGCUGUCCCGGGGUCAACGGCACGGCCUUCACGCCUCUCGACGCGCACGGAAAACCGAUGCCGAUAGCGGCCAACGGGCCGGGCCAGACUUUUCGGCGUUUGUGCCGGACCAAUUGGCCGUCUGGCCACCAGUACCACAACCCGGGGAUUUACGACAUCAUCAAGCUGUAUCUGCCGAGCCUGGACGAUUGCAUCACGGCGUGCGCUGCGUAUAAUGUGAAUUUCUUGUCGAACAAGGCGGCGGGGAAUGGGAUAAGCGCGGGCGGGUUAUGUACGGCAGUGACGAUUAUCAAGAAGGAGGGCGAAUAUUGUUACUUGAAGAACGGGACCGGAAAUAUGGACACGUUUGGGCAACCAAAUCUAUAUACAAGCGCCAUCCUAGAUGCAGACUUGUCAUAA